CCAUCAAUGACGUCUGAGGGUUUUCGAAGGACAAUGGAGGAAUUUUGAAUUCUCUUUAAUAAAACAAACAAAGAGAUGACUGGUUUUAUGAAUGAAGCCAGGAUUUACUUAUCUGAGAGAUUCAAUUAUUUGAGAUUUAGGACCAAACGUCUACGCAGACGCACUAUGAAAAAUGAGACAUAUGUAAAUAAAGAUUUUGAUCAGCUUUGGGUAUAAAUAAGAUUUUUGCGUGUAGGUUGGAAACAAACAACAAAUACCUGCAACAAGAAAAGUGUUAAGAUGUCCACUAUUCUCCUUCUGACCCUCCUUGCACCCGCCGUCCUGGGGCACGGCUACCUUCAGGAACCCCCCUCCCGCUCCAGUAUGUGGAGGUUUGGCUUCAACACACCUCGUAAUUACAACGACAAUCAACUCUUUUGUGGAGGAAAAGAUAGACAGUGGGGCAGAAAUGGCGGAAAAUGUGGAAUCUGCGGCGAUCCUUGGGAUGGCGUUCGUGAAAACGAGGCUGGUGGUCGUUAUGCAAAAGGAAUCAUAAGUCGAAGGUACAAAGAAGGAGAAAUCAUAGAGGCACAAGUGAAAAUCACUGCAUCCCAUUUAGGAUACUUCGAAUUCCGUUUAUGUCCGAACAAUGAUAUUCACAAGCCCGCAACACAGGCCUGCCUGGAUCAAUAUAUUCUUCACCAACCUAACGGGAGUGUUCGAUUUAUGGAGCAGGGACGGACCCAGGUCUACGUAAUAAAGCUUCAACUUCCAAGAGGCUUGACGUGUUCACAGUGUGUUCUGCAAUGGAAAUAUAACGCUGGAAAUAGUUUUGGAAGGACCCCCUAUGGAAGGAUGUGUAAAGGAUGUGGCCCUCAGGAACAGUUUUAUGGUUGCGCUGACAUUGCCAUUGACAAAGCCCCUUACGGAUCCCAGCAGAAAGGAAAUUUCCACCCUUACGUACACGUGACACAGCACGUUGAAGCACGUCCUUUAGUAAUCACCAAUGGGGUCCAGCAGAAGGAUAUUCCACAUCCUGUACCGCAGCACGUUGAGGCACGUCCACAACUGAUUCCAACAUUUGUUGAUGGCGUUGCAGUAACGUGUCGUGCCACCCCAGGAUUCAGAAUCAUGAAUAGCUACGCUGAUAACUGGUGCAAGUCUAACUGUCGACGUGGGUAUUGUCCGUCUCUGUAUUGUACAUCGGCGUGCCAAAAAUUAAAAGUUCAGGGUUAGUGUCAUACAUAUCCUUCUUAGUGAAUGCAUUUUUUGUGUUUGAAAAACACCGCCAUGCUUUUAAUAGACAUCAAGAACUUUAGAAAUUUCAUCUUUGUGUUUCAGCUGCAUCUAAUGCUUGCAAUCGGUCUUUUCACGAACUUUCUCUGUAUAUUUUAUUUAUUUAUAUUUUGUUACCAUGAGAGCUUUUAUGCAAUUUUUUAUUUGUUAUUUUAUUUAUAUAUUUUAUAUUUUUUACAUUUUUGUAAUAAAACAAUUAUAAAAA